GUCUAUACUCUGAACAUUCCUUUGGUUCUCAACUUUGUGAGAAAAUAUGAGAAACCUUGGCCUGCUAUUGGUGUUAAUGUUGCAUCUAUCAUGGAGUUUGUCUUUCACUGUUCCUCCCCCAUCCUCUCAUCCAUGUCUCCCGCAUCAGAGAGAUGCUCUGCUACAAUUUAAAAACUCCAGUUUUAUAACUGACUGCCGGCUUUGGUCUGGUUCUUACAAAAAGACAGAGACGUGGGACAAAAGCAUUGAUUGUUGUUCAUGGGAGGGAGUCAAAUGCGACGAGCUGACCGGCCAUGUAAUCGGCAUCGUUCUUAGUCACGGUUGCCUUACCGGUUCUCUCCUUGCGAGUCCAAACAACGGCCUCUUUCACCUCGACAGACUUCGAUGGCUUGACCUGAGUUCCAACCUCAUCGAUGGCUCUCUUAGUAGCCUGUUCCACUUGCAUGGACUCAAAAGUCUCAACCUCGCUCACAACAAUUUCGAUGGAACAAUCCCUUCGGAGUUAUUUACUCAAUUGGUGAGUUUAACUCAUCUUAAUCUCUCUUUUUCUGGCUUCACUGGCCAGAUCCCAAAUAAAAUCAGCCUCUUGUCAAGUAUGGUUUCACUUGAGCUUUCCUCUUAUUCGUUCCCCCAUUUUAUAAUCGAUGGUCAAGCUUUUGACAUGCUUGCAACAAACUUGACCAAAUUAAGAUACCUUGGGCUUGAUUUUGUAGAUAUGUCUGAUGUUGCAGUCACCUCCUUUCUGAACUUGUCUUCAUCGCUAGAACAUUUGAGUCUUUAUGGUCAUUACUUGCAUGGGGAAUUUCCGAGUCAAGUUUUUCACCUUCCGAACCUCAAACAUAUUGAUUUAAGUAGGAAUGAAAAUCUCACAGUUCAUCUCCCAAAGACAAACUGGAGCAGUGGCCUUGAGUCGUUGGACCUUACCUAUUGUUGUGGUUUUAGAGGGUCAAUUCCACCAUCGUUUGGAAAUCUCACUCAACUCAGUUCCAUAGAUUUAUCUGGAAAUUUGUUUGAAGGACAGAUUCCUGAUGUUUUUGGGAAACUUACCAAGUUAUCUUCUUUGGCAUGUUCUUCAUGCAAUUUGAGUGGUUCACUUCCAAUGACCAUGUUCACUCUCCCAUCUCUGCUACAUUUAGAUUUCAGUCUUAACAAAUUGGCAGGACCAAUGGACCCAACUCAGAUGCCAAUUUCUAUCCAAUACCUUGAUUUAAGUUCCAAUGAUUUCCAUGGUCCACUACCCGCUUCUGUUUUCGAUCUUGUGAACCUUAUUUCACUUCGUUUGUCGUCAAACAACUUGAGUGGUGUCAUCAAGUCGGAUAUGCUCUCGAAACUCACAAGUCUUGAAGUUCUCGAUCUUUCGAAUAAUAGUUUACUAUCAUUGAGCACCAGCGGCAAUGAUGCAAACUAUUCCUUCCCUCAGCUCAAAGAAGUGUUCUUCUCUUCUUGUAGCCUUAGGCGGUUCCCGAAUUUCUUUCGAGCAUCGGGGUUGGAGCUUUUAGAUGUUUCCGAUAACAUGAUAUCUGGUGGAAUUUCCAAAAGGGAAGCUCAAGGGUGGGAGAAAUUGCAAAGCUUGAACCUUUCCUAUAACUCUCUGACCACAUUGGAACAGUUUCCAGGGAAGAGAUUGGAAUUUCUCGACCUUCGUUCCAACUUGCUUCAAGGGCCAAUUCUCUCUACUUGCUUGAAUCUUCAAACUCCAAAUCAACAGUUGAUCCGGGAGUUAUUGAUUUCAGAGAAUAAAUUGACGGGAAAUAUUCCUUCUUCCAUUUGCAAUUGGAGUUCACUUGCAAUACUGGACUUGUCCAGAAACAACUUGAGUGGAACUAUUCCUGAAUGUUUUGGAAAUCACAACAAGUCUCUUGAGUACGUGGAUUUGCAGAUGAACAACUUCCAUGGCAAGAUCCCUGAUUCUAUUGGGAAUAAUAAGUACUUAACUCAUCUUUUCCUCAAUGACAAUUGCUUCGAAGGAUUAGUCUCGCCAUCUUUGGCUAAUUCUAGCAGAUUGGAGAUUUUAAAUUUAGGGAACAACAAGAUCACCGAUAGGUUCCCACAUUGGUUAGCUUCACUUCCAAGUCUGCAGGUUCUUAUCUUGAGACAUAAUAGAUUUCAUGGGCCACUGCCUCGUUCGAUAGCACCAUCUGACUUCUCCGCAUUGCGAAUGAUUGAUCUCUCCGGAAAUGAGUUCACUGGCACCUUGCCGACCGAACUCUUUCGAAAUUUGAGAGGAAUGACAGUUAAACCCGAACAGAGAUUUCCACUCCCAGCACAGUUCGUCUAUAGGGGUAUUCAUUAUUUCAUUGAAGAAUACCACAUUUCUGUGAAUGUAACAACGAAAAGAUUGGAGCUUGAAUUGACGAAGAUCAUAGCCAUUUUCGUAUCCAUGGACUUGUCAAACAACAAAUUCUCUGGACAGAUUCCUGAGGAAGUGGGAGAACUUAUUUCCCUGCAAAUGCUCAACUUCUCUAGCAACAACUUCACCGGUCCUAUACCAUCAUCGUUCGGAAAUCUGGUGGCACUUGAAUCAUUAGAUAUUUCAUCAAACAAACUCAAUGGCAGGAUUCCUUCUCAAAUGACGAAAUUGACAUUUCUUGAAGUGUUCAAUCUUUCGAACAAUGAACUUUCUGGACCGAUUCCACAUGGAAAUCAAUUUGAUACCUUUGAUAAUGAUUCCUACAGUGGUAACUUGGGAUUGUGUGGUUUACCAUUGUCCAAGCCAUGCAUCGACCACGGGGAGGCCGAACCACCUGCACCAUUGGUGGUGAAACACAAGGGUUCUAAAGAGUUAUCUUUCUGGCAAAUUGCAAUGAUGGGGUAUGGAAGCGGAGUUGUACUAGGAUUGAGCUUAGGUUACAUUGUAUUCACAACUGGAAGACCAUGGUGGCUUGUUCGAAUCGUCGAGAGAGAUUUACAAUACAAAUUCACAAAGUGGAUCCGAAGAAACAAACCAAGAAGAAACUAGCUAUAAUUCCAACAUCUUGUCUAGUGGCAUCGAAAACUUCGAACUGAACUCGGUAAGAUCAUGCUUGUUGAGUUUCCUCGGAGGCCAAAUGAACAAACCAGGGAGGUGAUGUUAAUUUAGCCAAUAGUUUGGUGAUAUGAAGUUAAAAUUGUUGAGCAAAUAUUACUUCUAACUAUC